UCUGUUCAUUUGUGUUUACUACCGUUAACUUAUAAACUUAUCAUCAUGUCUGGUCGUGGUAAAGGAGGAAAGGCAAAGGGCAAGUCAAAGACCCGUUCAAGCCGUGCUGGACUCCAGUUUCCAGUUGGUCGUAUCCAUCGUAUGUUGCGCAAAGGCAACUACGCAGAACGUGUUGGUGCUGGAGCUCCAGUCUACCUCGCAGCUGUUAUGGAAUAUCUGGCUGCUGAAGUUCUCGAGUUGGCAGGCAACGCCGCCCGUGACAACAAGAAGACUCGUAUCAUCCCACGUCAUCUCCAGCUGGCCAUCCGUAACGAUGAAGAAUUAAACAAACUUCUCUCAGGAGUCACCAUCGCUCAAGGUGGAGUUCUGCCCAACAUUCAAGCUGUCUUGUUGCCAAAAAAGACCGAGAAAAGCAGCUCUUAAAUUGCACA